CGCGAAACGCGCUCCGUCGCGUCUCCCGGAUUUUGGCUGAUUGAGGUCUCGACAACAGAUAUACCAGUCCAUUACAUUCGGUCUUGAAAGGCCGAAGCUAGUUGAACAUGCCAGCAGCAGUACCAUCAAGCGUUCGUUCUACUGUCGAACGAGACGGUCUGGACGACAUCUUCAACUACGAUGCUGGUAUCGACGCGACCUUCAACCCACCGGACCAGGACUGGAGCGCCCAAGACAACGCAAACAAUAGCAACACAAACCAGCGUCAAGAAGAUGUGCCAGUAGACAUUGAUGAAGAAGUCAAAGUCACCAAGAAACGCAAGCCAGUCGCGAAACUUGACGAGGAUCGCCUUCUAUCCCAGCAAGGAAUCCCCAAAUUGAGAAAGAUUGCUAAAGAUCGCAUCCAGAUCAAGGGCAAGGGUCAUGAAUUCUCAGACAUGGCUCGUCUACUCAACACCUACCAACUAUGGCUAGACGACCUCUUCCCAAAAGCCAAAUUUAUGGACGGCGUUUCCAUGAUCGAAAAGCUGGGACACAAGAAGCGCAUGCAAAUGAUGCGAAAAGAAUGGAUUCAAGAAAGCAAGCCAAAGCCAUCACGCGAUGAAGAAGAAGAUGACUUUGUCGUUCCAAACGAAGAUGCUGCGGUUGAAAGCAACAAUGGCCCUACCGCUGAGGAGUCUGCAAGCAACAAUAACUCAAGGCAGGAAGCACAAUCCAAUGCGCGCGCACAAGGAGGGAACCGCCAAAAUCCAUUCGGCGAAGAAGAGCCAGACGAAGACGAACUGGAUGCACUAUUGGCCGAGGGUGAAAAUGCACCAGCAACCACAUCGAAACAGCACAACACACAACCUGCAGAAGAGCAAGAACCGGAUGAGGACGAAAUGGACGCUCUGAUGGCAGAAGAUGCAUUGAAUGAUAGUGCACCAAGGAGCUUGUUUGGUGGGCCAGUAUCAUCUAACACUACCAAGACUGCUGCUCAGCAACCACAUGACGAAUUUGAUGACGAUGAAGAGGCAAUGGCUGGUAUGGAUUGGUAGUAUGAACAUAAUGAUAUCCUUCGCUCUACAUAUGUCCUAUAACUUUUUUUGUUCUGCCG